UAUGUGUCUGCAUUUCAGAUAGAGAGAUAGGAAAGGUGCGUGGUCGUAUCGUUAUCAUCUUGCUCUUUUACCAAUUCAAAUUCCCAAUAACAGAGAGAGUUGGUUCUAGUCAUGGUCUAUAGUAAAACUUGGGAGUGAGUGUAAGACCAUAAAAUAAAAAGAAGACAGUAGUAGUAUGGUAAAGGCGAAUAAAAAAAACAAAAGCAAGGAGAGAGAGAGAGAGAGAGAAAUAAAUAAAUAAAUAGUCCCAUUCUCAUAUGCUACAGGCUGCACCCACAAACCAAACCUUUUGUUGUACUUAAAUUCCUCAAAUCAAAAUGUGGCUGAUUUAUGCUUUGAUGGAUCCGCUUUUCUCGCUUCUUCACCAGCGUCCUAUAACCUUUUCAGCUUUUUCUCUUCUAAACAGCAUACUUUCUCUAGUCUUCGCCCUAUCCAUCUCUCUGCUCUAACACCUAGCUACUACUUCUUCGGUCAUUGUCACCCUGAUCUCUUUUCCAUUGCUAGGGAACUUUCUUUUUUCUUUUUGGCUCAGACCAUCUUAUCUUGUUUUCCUUGAAAAGCAGGGAAGAAGUUUUAACUUGCGGAGAUGGGCAGGGAUUGGUAUUGGGGUACUGGGGCUAAAACCUCCUCAAACUCCAACAGCUCCAAGAGAGCAUCAGACAGAGACUCUGGUGGUCAGACUACUCCUUCUGGUUGCAUAAGUGCCGUCUUCCACUUGUUUGAUUUCCAUCAUUUCCAGUUCCCUUUAAACCACCAAACUAGUAGUAGCAGUUGUAGUUGUUUCAAGCCUGACUCCUUUCUCUCUCCAGGCCACACCACCGCCCUUAAAGGUGCAGAGGCGCCUAGGAACAGUUUGGAAUCGGAGGAGGAAGGUUCAACUUCAGCUUCAGCUUCAUUUACAUCAACCAGUAAAGAAGAGGAAAUUUUAAAUAUCCCAAUGGGAAUUCAAAUCAAAACAAGUGGAGACACAAGGUCAAAAGUCGGAGCCCCAAAUAAUGACACUUCUUCAGAGAUAAGCUGCUCCCCAGGGACAAAGACCCCUACUUUGGUUGCUAGGCUCAUGGGUCUUGAUCUCCUUCCUGAAAGCCGCUCACCAUCUUUUUCAUCUGCACCACAUUUUCAAGCUAAGUCACAUUUAAAUCACCACAUCCGAUCCCCAAAGCCUCUUCAAAGCAAAAGAACUAGUCACAGAAAUUCUUUGGAUGGUGAAAUCAGGGGCACUCGCUCAUUGCCAGAAACUCCAAGAAUAUCGUCCGCAAGAAGGUCAGUCGUGGAUCAUCACCACCGCCUUUCGCUUCAAAUCAACAAGGAGAACAUGAGCGCUAGUGAAGAAUUGGUGAUUUCUCGUCUCUCAUCAUUGAAAAGGAAAGAGCUCAAACAUGAAGAUGAGAACAGGAGCCCUGGUCACUACGCUAGGCAGAUAGUGAAGCAGGUUAAAGAAAGUGUUAGCAGGAAAGUUGGUAUGGACAUAACCAACUCGGUUCGGAACAGGGAGCAGGCCAGAGAGGAGCUUGUUAGCCAAUUUAAAUACAAGAAAAUUUCCAGGGCUUUAACCAAAGUUGGGGAUGAUUCGAGUCCUGGAAAGCACUCAACGCCUUCCUGUUCACCAAGGCUCAGAUUCUUGGAAUCCAAAAGCAAACCAGUGAUAAAUUCAACCACCAAAGAUCACAAUCUUCAACCUCCAGAAUCAUCAUUUUCGUCACCUCCUGAGAUCAAUAUCCUGCCUCAGCCCAUAAGAGUUUUACCAAAGCCCAAGUUACAGACUGUUGAAGAGGAACGAGAUGAGCAUCACAAGCAGCAGCAGCUACUACCAAGAGCCGUUAGCAAAUGCAAGAAAGGGUCCAGUGAAAAGUUCGGCUCACGGCUGAAAAAGCCUCAACAAACAUCCGACAUUAUCCGAAACAAGCAAGAAGAGCCUUUCGUUCGUCCUUCCGCAGCCAACAGAGUUAACAUUCCUGACAAGAAAUGCAGGAAAACCCCAUUGUCAAAUGAUCUCCUCAGCAUGACCGUCCCUACCCUUCUUCCAGUCAAAAAAGAUCCUUCUCCUCCAGCCACAAAAAUCCCGCAAAAACAGGUCUUAGAUGCUCAAAGACCGAAACGUAGCUCACAGUUAUCUAGUUGUUCGAGCCAAAUGUACAACAAACAAGAAGCGACGCAAGUGCACGUUUCCCGAAACAACAACGGCGACAAAUGUAACGAUGCUACUACGCCUACUUCCACCACCGGAAAUGAUGCAGAAUAUGAGUACAUCGCUAGAAUACUAGGACGUACAGGAUUAAACAAAGAUACCCCAGUGUCCUUCACUUCCUGGUUCUCUCCGUCCCAUCCUCUUGACCCUUCCAUUUUUUACUAUCUCGAACAUUUCACCACUUGUUCCACUGCCAUCCUCUCUAAUAAUAAUAAUAAUAAUAAUAACAACAGAACCAAGUCUAGUCAAUUGAGCCAUCGCUGCAAUAGGAAAUUACUGUUUCAUCUAGUCGAUGAAAUUUUGAUCGAAAUUUUGAAGCCUUACUUUAAUAUGAAGCCUUGGGUUACUACAGUUGGCCAUGAUGUUAGUCACAUGGAUGGGUCUCAACUGAAAGACAUAUUGUGUUCCAAAAUUAGAAGCUUUCCUCGAGCUGAUUGUCGUGUUCUUGAAGACAUUGAUGCCUUAAUUGACAAAGAUUUGCCAGAAAUGAAGGUCCAAAGUGUAACGGCGUACGAGGAAGAAGGGGAAGGGAUUGUAACGGAGAUAGAGAAGGACAUUUUAGAGGCGCUGGUACAUGAAACGGCUGCGGAUUUUGGUGUACGAGUUUGAACUUUCAUAGGUUGAAACUUGGAAGGCCUCAUUUUGGAAUGAUACGGUACCGUUUACUUUGAGACACAGAGAGCACGGCAGGUCACAUGGGUCAUUCACGUGACGAGAUGCUAUUCGUUGGGGUCCAGGUGGGACUCAGUAGUCAGAUACACGUGGAAACAAUGGCUGUUGGCCCCCAACAACACUCGCUUUUUGAUUGGUUCUUAGAAACACAAGCUGUCACAGAGGAAUCCAUUCCUCUCCCUCUCUUUUAUUUUGUAUAUAUACUGCAAUAAUGUAUCAACUUUCUUUCUUUUUCGUUUUCUUCUUUUUGAAAAAAGAGAGAGAGAAUGAUAGUACAUAUUCUUUUUGGGUAUUUUAAGUGAAGUUAGAAAUUUUGGUUCUUCAAAGUUGGAGUCCUCUUUUGAUGUAAUAUACUACGAGUAUGGCUACUGUUAUAUCUAA